CCACUCAAACCAAAAAUACCCCAUUUCUACACACCCAUUUAUACAUGAAUAUUAGGGUUUUCUCACUUCUUUCUUCCCAGCCGAUUACUCGCAGAAGAACGAACCAGAGGCAGAGCCGCCGUUCACCGGAGUAGCUAACAGCAGCAGUGAAAAUGGCGGACACUAAGGCUGUGACAAUCCGUACAAGGAAGUUUAUGACCAAUAGGCUUCUUUCCAGGAAGCAAUUUGUGAUUGAUGUGCUUCAUCCCGGACGACCCAACGUAUCCAAGGCUGAAUUGAAAGAGAAGUUGGCUAGGAUGUACGAAGUUAAAGAUCCAAACGCCAUCUUUGUAUUCAAGUUCAGAACUCACUUCGGUGGUGGUAAAUCAACUGGUUUUGGAUUGAUCUAUGACUCUGUUGAAAACGCCAAGAAAUAUGAACCGAAAUACAGGCUUAUCAGGAACGGUUUGGAUACUAAGGUUGAGAAGUCAAGAAAGCAAUUGAAGGAAAGAAAGAACAGGGCGAAGAAGAUCAGAGGUGUAAAGAAGACCAAAGCCGGAGACGCUGCCAAGAAGAAGAAGUAAACCUGAGAGAGUUUGCUGUAUUUUUCAAAAUCAUGUUAGCAUCCUUUUUUAUUUAUCUGGUGUUCAACUUCUUGUCGCGUCUUUUCAAGUUUGAUCGAUUAUUACCUUCAUGUGAUAAACUGUGUUUUGUUUAGAACUUGAUAUAGCAAGGGUAAUUUUUUGUUGACUGUUUCUCUAAUUUUGGAUAGUGUAUGUCUCUCUGCA